AUGUCGUUCGUGGAAAAAAUGUCGCUGUCGUGGCUCAUCGUGCUGGCUGCCAUCGUUGCGGUGCGGGGCUUCACAGACUCGGAUCCCGGGCCUGGCGCGGCCGCAGCGACGCCGCUCGGCGGAGAUCGGUUCAAAAUCGAAGGCAGAGCGAUCGUCCCCGGCGUGAAAGCACAGGACUGGGUGUCCACGGCCAGAGUCUUGGUGGACGGUGAAGACUACGUGGGAUUUUUAAGAACUGAUGGGGGGUUUUCAGUCAACGACGUUCCGUCGGGGUCAUACGUGGUCGAGGUGGUGACUCCCUCCUACAGGUUCGAGCCUGUACGAGUCGACAUCACAUCUAAAGGGAAGAUGAGAGCACGCAUGGUCAACUACAUCAAGACUUCAGAGGUGAUCCGUCAGCCGUACCCGCUGCAGAUAAGGUCCAGCGGGCCGCACAGCUACUUUAUGAAGAGGGAAACGUGGGGCUGGACGGACUUCCUCAUGAACCCCAUGGUUAUGAUGAUGGUUCUUCCUCUGCUGAUCAUCGUCCUGCUGCCCAAAGUGGUGAACACCAACGACCCGGAGAUGAGGAAGGAAAUGGAGCAGUCCAUGAACAUGCUGAACCCAAACCCGGAGCUUCCCGAUGUUUCAGAGCUCAUGACCAAGCUCUUCUCUGGUUCCAAAGGCUCCAGCAAAGCCAGCAGCAGUAAGGGGACUAGACCUGCAGUCAAGAGGAGGUAGUACUGCAGCGUCCCUCUGAGAGCUGCAGACCUACGCCAGACGAAGCCCCGCCCCCUUCGUACCACACCCCUCUGAGAGCUGCAGACCUCUGCCAGACGAAGCUCCACCCCCUUCGUACCACACCCCACUGAGAGCUGCAGACCUCUGCCAGACGAAGCCCCGCCCCUUCAUACCACACCCCUCUGAGAGCUGCAGACCUCUGCCAGACGAGGCCCCACCCCCUUCGUACCACAUCCCUCAGAGAGCUGCAGACCUCUGCCAGACGAGGCCCCGCCCCCUUCAUACCACAUCCCUCUGAGAGCUGCAGACCUCUGCCAGACGAGGCCCCGCCCCCUUCAUUCAGAUAUCUGCAGACUUCUGCGAAACAAAGCUCUGCCCCUUCAUUUAUUGUACAGAUCUUUUCAUUUGUUGAUGUUUUCAGCACAUCUUCAUUUCUAAUAUUGGAAAUGUUUUUCUUACUGCACUGAUAAAAAAAUAACUUCAUCUUCUUUUUCCAUAAAUUCUACUCUGCUGUGCUAAUCCUGCAUUUGUUUUUUUUAUUGCUGCUAAUCUGAAAGAGCAAACAAAUAUACAUAUGUAGAGGUUCGGUUUGUCCAUCUACGACUGUGAAUGAAAAUACAUUGAAAUUUAUGACAAAUUCUUAUUUAAAGCCUAGAUGAAUAAAUUGCAAUGGUAUAUGA